CAGAGGCGGGUGUGUUAUCAUCAUAAACACUGCAUGCUGUCACACAACAUUCAUCCACUGGAUAUGCUGACGCAUUACCUGGCUUAAGGUCCACUCCAUAGAACUGGCCUAUCGCUGUCAUUGUGUCACCCUUCCAACACAGGAUACAACAAGGAGCCAGAAUGUUCAGCACAAAGAGGUUAAAGAAGAAGUCUCAGUCAGUGGACAUCCCUGAUGAGAGUUAUGCUGGAUCUCUGGUCAAAGACCUGCUGGCGUCGCCGCUUAUAAAGAAUGUGGCGCGAACCACCAUCAGAGAAGAGAAGGAGAUCAACACCACCAACAUCCAGAAAGCUCGCAGUCCUCGACGUGGAGAACUCAAGCGAGGAUAUACCAUCGACACCGGGCAGAAAAAGAGUGCGCUGGAGAGGAAAGAUGUGCGCAGGAUAUCCUUCCAGAGGCCCAAAGGCACCAUGGAGUACGUGGUGGAGUCCCGGGAUACUCUCAACAGCAUUGCGUUGAAGUUUGACACGACUCCGAACGAGCUCGUCCAGCUCAACAAACUCUUCUCCCGCGCUGUGGUCCCCGGAAAGGUGCUGUACGUCCCUGACCCGGAGUAUAUCUCCAGUGCAGAGAGCUCUCCAUCCCUCAGCCCCAUCAGUCCUCUCUCUCCCACCUCUUCUGAGGCCGAUCUAGAGAAGGCCACCACACAUUCAGACCAUGUCCACCGCAGGCACAGCAGCAGCACCGGCCUGGCUCACGGACCCCCGCGGCCCGCCAGAGUGGUGUCUUCCACCUCCGAGGAGGAAGAGGCACUCACUGAGAAGUUCCUGAAAAUGAACUGCAAGUACAUCACUGAUGGCAAGGGAAUAGUGAGCGGUGUGCUGCUGGUCACCCCGAACAACAUCAUGUUUGACCCUCACAAGUCUGACCGGCUGGUGCAGGAGCGAGGCUGUGAGGAAUAUGGCAUCAUGUGUCCGCUGGAGGAGGUUCAGUCUGCAGCCAUGUGCAGAGAGAUCACCGACAUCAGGCUCAGAGAGUUUGUGCCACCAGAUCUAGAGCUGGAGCCUUCAGUAAGCGAGGUGAGCCAUCUCAAGAGGGCUCCACGUCUCAACGCAGCCGAUGCGGCUCACAGAAUCCGUGAGACAGGCAACGACAGUGCCAGCACGGCCCCUCGCAGCACAGAAGCAUCACUAUCUGAAGACGUUUUCACAGAGUCAGAGCUUUCGCCAGUCCGCGAUGAUGCCCUCGCAACAUCUUCAGAUGAACUGCAGCAGAUAAAAUCCUCUGGAGCGUCUUCAGAAUCGGUGCAAACCAUCAACCAGGCCGCCACAGUCACCGAAGAUCAAUCAACGGCUGGUGGAACGGAUGUAAAAGAAGCUGGACCGCUGGAGGGAAGAGGAUGGAGGGAUAGCGGCAUCGAGCAGAGUCUGAACACUACAGAUGUUUUCAAUGAGGAGUCAUGUGAGAAUGUUCUGGAGAAUGUACUGAGAGACCGAUCUGUGGACGAGCCCAAAUCACGCACCACGUCUGAGUCGCUGUGUUCAGACACUGUGGCUGUUGAGGAUGCUGUGAAGGAGACGCAGAAGAGCCUGGAGGAUCAGAGUCUGCAGGCCAGCAGUGAUGUGACGGAGGGUGAGCUGAGGACUGACAGUGACUGCAAAGCAGCUGUUAAGCCUGGAGCUGAAGAGGGACAGAGUGCAGAGGAAGUUGUGCCGGGACUCAGAGGCAAGCAGAAGUCCAAGUUACACAAGUUCCUGUGUCUGCGGGUUGGCAGGGCCAUGCGGAAGACCUUUGUGUCCCACGCCAGCGCCUCUAUGCAGCAGUAUGCUCAAAGAGACCGGAAACACGAGUACUGGUUCGCUGUUCCUUCUGAGAGGUCAGAUCACCUGUAUGGAUUCUUUGUCCAGUGGACCCCUGAUGUGUAUGGAGAGGGGUUUGGGGGACUGACCCGUGAGCCUGGAUUUGUAGUGGUUAAAAAGAACCAGGACGCUGAAAGCGGAGAACAAGACAAACCAGUGCCUGACAUCACAUUCAAGGACUGGGAGGUAGUUUCUGUGGCCGAGUACUACCGGCGGAUAGAUGCGCUAAACAGCGAGGACCUGCGCUCGCUCUGCAAACGUCUUCAGAUUACAACCAAGGAAGAAGUGAACUCCAAACUGAUGGUGAAGAGCGACCCCGAGCCUGAAACAUUCAGACCCAAUCUCACCGAGCCCAGUGUCCUGCUGCAGCCCGAGCACAUCGAGAAGCUGGCCAAGCAUCUGCCCCCCAGGACCAUCGGCUACCCCUGGUCCCUGGCAUUCAGCACAUCCAAACACGGCAUGAGCAUGAAGAGCCUGUACCGCGCCAUGCAGAGCCAGGACUCUCCGGUGCUCAUGGUCAUCAAGGACAGCGAUGGACAGCUGUUUGGAGCCCUCGCUUCACAACCAUUCAAAGUCAGCGACGGCUUCUAUGGCACAGGAGAGACGUUUGUUUUUACCUUCUAUCCAGAGUUUGAGGUCUUCAAAUGGACUGGUGAUAACAUGUUCUUCAUUAAAGGAGAUAUGGAUUCCUUAGCUGUUGGUGGCGGAGGUGGUGAAUUUGGCCUGUGGUUGGACGGCGAUCUCUAUCACGGCAGAACUCACUCAUGUAAGACCUUCGGAAACCCAAUGCUCUCCAAAACAGAGGACUUCUUUGUGCAGGACAUCGAAAUAUGGGCUUUUGAAUAACACACACCUCAUGGGACCCAGUGUAAGAUAAACUGGGGGCACACUACUAAACCCCCCAUAACUGAUUGUACACACUCCACUUGGCUCCUAAGAAGCCCUGAUACACAAAACGCACAGCAGUGUACAUUUGCACUUCAUUUCUGGACGUGGUCAGCAUGGGCGGGCGAUCUUGACCAAAAACGAAAGGUUCAUUUGUGAAUUAAGAACAAGUUUUUAACCCAUUUGCAGCCUGAGGUCUUCAAGUCUUGAGGAUAAGGAAGUGCGCGAAUGGUUUUCCAGAAUGUUUCCAAAAUAAAUGCAGCUCCAGAGUUUUCGGAGAGCAAAACGUUGGGAUUUCUUGAUCAGCUGUAGCGUUGCGUCUGUUUUUAAGCACUUUAAGUAUCUAACCUCAAAAUCCCUGUUAUUAAAACGUCCAAUCAGUGCGCUAACACAGGCUCUAUAUAAUCAAAAGCCACAACUUUUAAUGUAAUUCUCAGUACCGUGUUGCUGUAUUAAAAAAAAUAACGUGGCGUAACAUGCGAAAUUAACGUGUGGUGCUCUUUAAUUUCAAUAUGCUUUCCCGUAAGUCCUUCGUUUUGUCUGGGAGUGCAGUAGUUACGCCUGGAGAUAUGUAUAAAAAGCCAUUUUGGAUGGAAUAAAUAUAUAUAUACAUAUAUAAAUACAUAUAGCAAUUAUAUAUUUAUACCUUUAUUAGUGUACCGUGUACAUAACUACUUCCCCGUAUUGCUGUUAAGUGUGACAGUGGUAUGGUGCGCGCUACUGUCCUUGACUUACAUUUUUCCUUGUAAAUUUGUUCCAAUAAAUACAAUUUCUAUAUGCACAUGACGACAUAAAUGCUAAUCUAAAGUGAACAGGGAGUAACCGAUCCUUUGAGAUUGGUUUUUCAUGUCAACUGUAGCCUAGUAGCCGUAUAUAAGGUGACCCGGGCUGAUGAAAUGGCAAGUCUCCGGGGUUUACGGAUGUCUGAUAUCAGCGAUGAGGAGGAGGAACACGAGGCACGGCGACACAAGUUCUUGAAGAAAAUCAGUGGCUGUUUUAGCAGUAUUCUGACUUGAAGUUGAAGCCGAGAGAGAUGCCAGCUGAAAGCGUGCCCAAACAUUUGACCCGACUGUGUGCGUCUGUUGUCGGAGCAGGUGUCGUGUGGGGAAGGUCUGAUGUUCUCCGCAUGAUGUGAGAUCUUGGAGCUCAAGGACUCGGACGUCCCUCUGGGUCCACCUGCACAUUCCUGGUCUUCCAGUAUUCGAUGGAAGCUCCAAGAAAUGUUAUUAGUUCCCUUGAAGGUUCAUAACAGAUCAUGUAUCCAUGUAUUUAUCACAAUAAAGUCUAUGUAAGAAUGGUG